UUGUGUUUAUAGUAGUCGGUGCGCGUACCCGUAGUGUGUCGUUUGACGCUGUGUUCUCACGUCCGUCACCGUUUCACCGACGAGUGUCGCUUCCACGGUGCGAUAUAAUAAUAUAGUAUUUAGUAUAAUAAUUGUUUUUAAUUAUUUUUUUUUACGGUCAAAUCAAAAGCGACGUUUUAUACGUAUUUUGUUGUUGUUAUUAUCAUAAUUUUUUUUCAUUUGCUGGGGAAAGUUUAUAAUUCAGUCAGACUUGCUUAAGGAAGAAAGCCUACAGAUUAAUUACACGUAAGACAUAACUCCAUCGGGCGCGUUUUUAUCGUAUUUUUCGCGUGUCACCCGCACGCGGUAAUAUCGACCGGCUGUGGUGAUGUGCACGUUGUCGUUACCGUCGUCGCUGUCGCCGCCACUCGUUCAAUUUCCGACCACGACAACGGCAACGACCGCUGUCUACGCGAUAACCACGGCACAACUAUUAUAAGGCCGUGUCACACAAACGUCGUAUUAUAUACAACCGCGGUACGACUCCUCCGAUCCCUCCUGCAGACUCCAAGCGGUGUAAACGGGGACGGACAGCAGCUGGACAGGAAGACUGUAGGCCCAUCGUCGAAAUACCUACUAGCAGAUAAUACACGACAGCAGACACUAAAUCGUCGUCACCGCCGUAUAGACCGACCGUCGCAGAAAUGGGCUGUUUCGGUAGCAAAGACAAGUUGUCUAAAGAAGACAUGGAUUUCUUAAAAUCACACACUAGAUACGACGAAGCGACCAUCAAAGAAUGGUAUAAAGGUUUCAAACAAGAUUGUCCAAAUGGCCGUUUAACACCAGCCAAAUUUGUAGACAUGUACAAAAUGUUCUUUCCAAGCGGUAAUGCCGAAGAAUUCUGCGAUCAUGUAUUUCGAACAUUUGAUAUGGAUAAAAAUGGUUACAUAGACUUCAAAGAGUUUCUAUUAGCCAUAGAUGUCACAUCGUCCGGUACACCGGAGGAAAAACUAAAAUGGGCAUUCAGAAUGUAUGACGUUGAUGGCAACGGAGUCAUUGAUAUUCAAGAGAUGACAAAAAUAGUUCAGGCCAUCUACGAUAUGUUGGGUGCAUGUUCAUCUAAUCGUCCGGCUGACUCAGCAGAAGAUCGUGCUAAAAAUAUAUUCGCCAAAAUGGAUGAGAAUAACGACGGACAACUGACCCAGGACGAAUUCCUUAAAGGCUGUCUACAAGAUGAAGAGCUCUCCAAGAUGCUUGCACCAUAACCACUGCCUCAGUUGGCGUGAAAGCCCAAUAUUAUAUAUUUCGCCGCAUUUUUUUGUAUAUCUUUUUCUCUUGCCCCGUAGGGUACGCCUUUGUUGGUGCCAAAAAUAAAAAAACAAAACAAGUCAACCCGUUUUUUCUAAAAAAAAUAAUAAUUGAAUCCAAAAAAAAAAAAAAACAAAAAAUUUAAAAAAAACGAAUUGUUUUCUUAUGGUUACAUUUUCUCUGAUAGGGUAAUUUAUCUAUGAUACUAUGAUUUUAAAGCGCAGGUUGCCAGGUAGUACACGUUUUACAUCUCGUGGAGUGUCCACCCCCUUUCUUCUUGAGUCGAUUUGCAUUGCAUGGUAGUAUAAACACAUCGGCAAACUCCAAGGCCUUUUUCAGAGUAACGAUUUCCCGAAACUCAAGUUAGCUUCCACUUCACCUGGUGACUUAUUUGUGUAAAUAAUUUUCUGCACAUUCCCAUUUAUAAUUGUUUCUUUCUUUUUUAUUAUUACUAUAAUUACUACAGAGACUCAAUUGAACUCUGUUAACCUGCGUUUUUAUUUUAAACAGGUUUCAAUCAGUGCAAAGUUAAGCUCAAAAAUGAAAAAAAAUAUAUUACAAAAAUCGAUUACGUUCACCGGAUUUGAAAACUUCGUAAAAAUAAAUUCAACCAUUUGAAUCAUUUUUGGGGUCAUUUUCAUAAUUUUACUCCAAUAAUAAUGCUAUUAAAGUAAUUGGCUGUAAGAAAACACACGCACACACACACACAUACAAAUAUAUAAAACAAAAAGGAAAAAACUUGGCUUAUGUUGGGGUUUCCAAAUAAUGUCGGGUUCAAAAAUCGUGUCAUCGAGUGGACCAUUCGUGUAUUAAAACUGUCGGGAACUUAAUGUUCAAAAAUCAAAAAUCCUGCACAAAUAUAAUAAUCAUGCGACGAAAUCGUAUUUUAUUAUUAUUGAUUACCUUUGGCUAGUUCAUUAAGCCGCUUGUAAUUUUAAGAUAUAUUCUCUUGGACCAAUAUUAUAAUAUUUAUAUUAUCUAAUCACAUUAAUUUAUAACUUAAUUUCUUAUCUAUUUUUUCGUCGAUGGUGCACAUAUAUUGUUGGAUUCCAUUAGCAAUAAAUCGCAACCAAAGUGUCUGUUACCAAAUUAUGAUAUACGUUUACUUUUUAUAUUUAUAAUUAUUAUUUAAUUAAACAUAUUAUUAUUAUUAUUGUUAUCAUUUCUAUACCUGUUACUUCAUUUAAAUCAUGCAUAUGUAAUAUGUGAUGUGUAUGUUAUUAUAGUGUACGGCCAAAUAUUAAACCAUAAAUUUUCAUGUUAUAUUCAAUUUAAUUACUUUUAAAAUACGCAAUUGUAAAUGUGAAACGCUUUUUUUCACGAAAAAGGAUAUUCACUUAAUAUUUACGAUAAUGCUUGACUUGGUUAAACUUUUUGAGUGUAUAAAACUUGAAUAAUUCGAGCAUUAUUAUUUUUUAUUUUUUUCCAUCUCAACAUA